AUUCACAAUUUCCCACUCGACCCAAACCCCGAUACACUCUCACUUUACGUCGCCUGGCUCUGCACUUACAUCAAGCCCAAAUCAGUCGACUCAUACCUCUCUGCGAUCUGCUCCGAGCUCGAGGAUCUCUACCCCGACGUCCGGAAGAACCGGAAAUCUCCCCUUGUCAGAAAUACACUCACGGGUGCUAAGAAGCGCUUCGGAACGGACACCAACCGGAAAGAUCCCCUCGCUAUCGAGGACAUCAUUCGUGUCGCGGAAUCUCUAUCCGAUCCAUCUCCCGAUGAUCUUCUGUUCCUGGCGCUCCUCCUCUGCGCAUUCUACGGCGUCCAUCGGCUAGGCGAACUCGUCGAACACGACCGUCCUGCCCUACGCGACUCCAAUAAAACAAUCAAACGCACAUCCGUCAAGUUCUACGAGAAUGACGAAUGUAUUUCCUAUUGGCUACCAAAACACAAGGCCGACGCACUCUUUGCCGGAUCCGAGGUCGUCAUCCAGAAGCUUCACGACACUUUCGAUCCGGUGCCAAUCAUUUCCCAGUACAUCUCAUCUCGAGAUAAGCGCUUCCCACUCCACUGCCAGCUGUUCCUCACUUCCGCCGGUCGCCCCCCGACUCGUGCCUGGUUCAUGCGGCGCUUCCAUCACCAUUUCGAAGGCAACGUUAGCGGCCAUUCCGCUCGGGCCGGUGCUGCGACGUUCCUCGCAUCCCUGGGCUGGUCUCGCGACUUCAUUCAG